AUGGCAUUCAUAAAUUUUAGAUGUGUGGUUAAUGGAUUGAUUUCAGCAGCUAUAUCUCAAUUAGAUACACUAUCUAGCUUUUCGCCCAAAACAAUACAGCAAACUGAUGAAGUGGAGCUAAAGUAUCUCAUAAAAGGAACUCUUAAGGAAAUAAGCAACACCGAAUUGGAUAAUAUAUAUUUGGCGCGCCUGGUUAAAGACAAAGAAUUUAUCCGUAAAAAAAGUACAGAAGAAUUAAAAACUAUCAAGGUGACGCAAUCUGAAAAAGAUUACCUAACUCGUGUAAUAAAUGGAGAUUUUCUUAUUAAACAUAUUCUUGGAGAUGUCAAAAUAUCUUAUACUAAAAGGGAAUUUUCAAUUCAAAAGAAAAUGGCACAUAAAAACGUUGUUAGCGUUUAUCACAUGACUAAGGGGGCGAUUUAUUUGAUAGACCUUGGAGUUGGAAAACAGAUAAAAGAAGCUGCUGAAGGUAUUAAAUUUAUGCAUGAAAAUGGUGUUGUGCAUGGAAACUUGAAGCCUAGUAAUAUUUGGGUAUCAAAUGGAGGAGAUGUUAAAAUCACAGAUUUUGGUGGUUCUGUGGAGACCAAAAAAGUCGAUUCAAAAAAUGCAGGACAAACACAAGGAACGGAAGGAACUAACUUAUGCGAAAGACCCUAUUCAGAUGAUGAAUAUGAUUUUAUUUUUACGUUACAAUUUGUUGCACCAGAACAUAUCGACCCAAAAUCUGUUAAACCAAAAAAAAUGAAGGACAUACUUAUCAACAACGUAGAGCCUACAGUAGAAUGGAUUUUGCUACAAAAUCAAGAAUUGCAUUUUACUAUCAAACCUAACGCUUUCCCCACCAAAGAAUCUGAUGUCUUCUCCUUUGCAGCUAC